AUGCUAAAUUUGAAUAGCCGUAGUUCAUCUCAUCACCCUUUGCGAUACGGCGAUACCUCUGCUUUCACCACAACCACGGAUAAGCUGUUAAAUGAAUUCCUGGCAACCUCACAGCGUGUGCGCCCCAUAGCGAUGCCAGCAGUACGUUCGGGGUCCAUGGUGGCAAUUGGGGGGACACGGCCCACGGGCUCUACAUCUCAGACUCACACUCAACGUACCUCAUCGCCAACACAUGAGUUGGCAAGCUUUCGCGCCAUCUCGCCGGUGUGUCGGGGCCUCCUCGAUGCCUCCGACAUGGCAUCUGAGCCCUUAGACCUCGGCGUCACGGCGAUUAAGGCACCCGCCCCGCGCCCCACUUCGCCCCAGGGGCCUACACCUCCACCCUCCACCUCUCUCUUUCGCAGGCACAACAUCUCUCGAGCCUCUCCCACCCUUUACAGUGUCCAAGAAGAAGUUUCUUCAUCCCACCCGGGAACUUAA